AACUCUUACAUCAAACUUCUUAGCCAGGUGGCUAAAGAAACUCCCUACUUGAACUGUUGGAUCUGUGCCCACGCACCCACCCACCUCCAGCAAAGUCUUCCACUAGUUCCAGUAGCCAUAACACUGGAACAAUACCGUUCCGGAGAUGUUGCCUCCUGGAACCUAACCACUUUAAACCUUACCCACAAAUAUCUGUACCUCACAGGUCCCACCAAGGGACCCCUCUGUCGCUGCUUCACCGGAGAAGGGACCUCUAUCGGAACUAGCACCUGCAAUGUCAACCUCGAGAUUCUAGCCACAGGACAAGUGACUGUCACCAACCCGACGCGUUCCCAGACCUUUCCAAACCUCACCCUCGCCUGGGCCAACGCAAUCGGCCACCCACCCACUUGGAAGCCACAACACUCAGACCUUAUGCUAUUGCAGACCUUUGCAUCUGGCAGAAUGGAAUCGUUCCUCAGUGGCUUGUUCUGGGUGUGCGGACACCGGGCAUACACCUGGAUAAGCCCACACAUGUCUGGGUCCUGCUUUGUCGGAUACAUUGUCCCUGGGAUUAGGGUCACCCUGCAUCUACCCCCCGGGAGACAGAGGAAUAAAAGGGAACCAAAGGACCUGUCAGAUCUCUCCGACAUCGCUGCCAAUGGAGAGACUGUGAGUCGGGCAUUGUUCCCUGCUUACGGAGAUGGAUCUAACCACGUCAACAUUCUCAGACUCACCGACAUCCUCCUGAAGUUCAUGCAAGAAGCCACUCAGAUAACAGACUAUUUGGUAUCUGAGCUCUCUGAG